GAAGGUAUGUGACUGGCUACUCUGAGAAGGCAGAAGGAACUGUGAAAUUGCCAAGAGGAGAGACAGAAAUGGAUCCCAGGCAUUAUGUUAUGGAAUUAAAUGAUGGUAACAUCAUACCUGUACUAGGAUUUGGCACUGCUGCACCUGUAGAGGUUCCUAAAAGUGAGGUUCUAGAGGCCACCAGAUUAGCUAUAGAUGCUGGGUUCUGCCAUUUUGAUUCUGCUUUCACAUACUUUAAUGAAGAAGAGGUAGGACAAGCCAUCAGGAGCAAGAUUGCAGAGGGCAUUGUGGAAAGAACAGACAUAUUCUACACUUCAAAGCUUUGGUGUACUUUCCAUCGACCAGAGCUAGUUCAGCAAAGCUUGGAAGAAACAUUGAGAAAAGUUCAACUGGACUAUGUGGACCUCUACAUUAUUCAUUUCCCAAUGGCUUUGAAGCCUCGAAAAGAACAUAUUCCAAAAGAAGAAAAUGGAAAAGUAAUAUAUGACACCGUGGACCUCUGUGCCACAUGGGAGGCCAUGGAGAAAUGUAAGGAUGCAGGGCUGGCUAAGUCCAUUGGGGUGUCUAACUUCAACCGCAGGCAGCUGGAGAUGAUCCUGAACAAGCCAGGGCUCAAGUAUAAACCUGUUUGCAACCAGGUGGAAUGUCAUCUGUAUCUCAACCAGAGCAAACUACUGGAUUUCUGCAAGUCAAAAGACAUUGUUCUGGUUGCCUAUGGUGUUCUGGGAAGUCAAAAAUAUGGAGAAUGGGUGGAUCAGAACACUCCGGUUCUCUUAGAUGAUCCAGUUCUUGGUGCCCUGGCAAAAAAGCACAAGCGAAGUCCAGCACUGAUUGCCCUUCUUUACUUGCUACAGCGUGGGCUUGUGGUCUUGGCCAAGAGUUUCAGUGAGAAGCGAAUCAAAGAGAAUUUGCAGGUUUUUGAAUUCCACUUGACUCCUGAGGACAUGAGAGUCCUAGAUGGUCUGAACAGAAAUAUUCGAUAUGUUUCUGCGAGUUUAUGGGAUGAUCACCCUAAUUACCCAUUCUCUGAUGAAUAUUAACAUGGAGAUCUUCAUCAUGACUUCUACCAGAAGCUCCUGCACGCAUCUUGUGAUAUGGCAGACAUCUCACACGCUGAUGAUUAGAGACCUCUCUUCUGGAUAAUCCAUGCUGCUAAACACCUCACUAUAAGCUGGAGUUAAAUCCACAGUACAGGAAGCAUGUGCACUGAAUUUUUGUCAUUUUCCUAAAAUAAUUAAUUUUGCCUUCUUUAAAGAUUCUGAUCUACCACUGACUUUGUAACUUAACAUGAUUUCUUUCCUUUGGCUUCCUUAUUCCCCAAACUGAUUUUCCUGGAAGUUUAGAAGCCAUUGGUGGGAGAUUCGAGCCAUUCCACUGAUGCUUUUGGAGUUGAGCAGGCAGAGUUGUUGGCCUGUAGGGAAGUAGCUGAUAGUAAGCAUUUUUCAGUCCGUUUUUCUCCAGUGCUUCAAGGAAAAAUAAAACUCUCUGCAUGGACCCUGGAAGGUAAGGCAACACUACAAGUAUGACCAAGAACCCACAGGUGCCUUUGAGAGGCUCAAGCAUGAGAGGUGCAGAAAUUGGGGAAACAGAUAUUCUUUCUCUCUUUCUUUCUUUCUUUCUCUUUCUUUCUUUCUUUCUUGAACUUCAUUUUUAAGAAUUUUAUUUAAGGUAUGCAAAUUUUAUGUACUUCAUGUAUACAGAUUCAGGAGCACAGUUGUACUUUCUACGCUACUCUCCCUUUCACCCACGCUCCCACCCUUCUUCCGCCUCCCUCUUCUAUUCCAAUUUUUAUUUUUUCUAAGAUUUAUUUUAUUUAUUUGAAAGAGUUACAGAGAGAGGUAGACAUAGAAAGAGAGCAAUCUUCCAUCCACUGGUUCACUUUCCAAAUGGUCGCAACAGAGUUGAGCUGAUCCGAAGCCAGGGGCCAGCAGCUUCUUCCAGGUUUCCAUGUGGAUGCAGGGGCCCAAGAACUUGGGCCAUUUUCUACUGCCUUCCCAGGCACAUUAGCAGGGAGCUGGAUGGGAGUGGAGCAGUAGAGACUUGAACUGGUACCCAGAUGGUAUACCAGUGCUGCAGGCUGGGGCUUUAACCUACUGUGCCACAGCACUGGCCCACUAUUUUUAUUUUUUACAAAGAUCUACUUCCAGUUAACUUUAUACUCCUAAGAUUAAUCCUAUGCUAAGUAAAAAGUUCAACAGAUAGCCUGAAGGAAAAAAAAAUACUGGUCCUCAACAGUCAAGACAAGGACUAUUAAAUCGUCACAUCUCAAAGUGUUAAUUUCAUGCUUACAGAUUGCCUUUUAAGUACUCUGUUAUCACAGAUCAGGGAGGACUGGCUUAUUUCACUAAGUGUGAUGUUUUUCAAUUGCAUCCAUGUUGGAUUCGGUUGGGGAAGUGAACGUGAGCCAGCUUGACUAAAUGAGUAGGAAUCAGACAAAGAGGAAAUUGAAGGGAAGAAUAUUUUGUGUCUUGUACAUACAUUAGUAAAUUUGCCUCAUUUUCUAUUUGAAACAUUUAAGAGAAUAAGUUAUGUAUAUUCAUAUUUAUUUUCAGACUGAGAAAAAUGUUAUGAGUAUGGAGUUGAGCACAUCUAUGUUUGGAAAUAUUGAUAAGAAGAUUAGUGGACAAGACUAGGGGACUGAUGUUAUAAGCUAUAUGAUAGGAGGUGUAGGAAAGAAAGAUAUGGGAUAAAAAUAUGGGUAUUGAUAAUUGGUAUUUUAAUAAUUAUAUCCUUAAUAUCAAAGAGCAGUUUUCAUAUUUAAUUGAUGAGCCAGGGCUGAGGGUCAGACUCUUCAAUUACGAUUUCUAGGAAAUCCAGUGAUCCUGCUAUUCUGUUGUGUUCCAGAAAUUCAAAAACAAAACAAAACAAAACAACGAUAAGAAAAACACUGACUUACUGAAUUGCCAUAAAUAUCAACUCUAUGUUCAUCACUUUUUUCAAGAUAAAAAAUAAAUAUCAACUUUAAUACUAUCAGUAAUUACUUUAAUUGUAAGUGAAUUUAAUUUAUAAAUCAAAAGAAAAAACAACAGAGUGAGUUGACAGCAGUAGGAUUCAACUAUUUGAUGUUUAAGAGAUUCACUUUAGAUCUAGGACCACAAUAGUUUGUACCUGAUAUAUAUAGCUCGUGAAACUAGUAAUCAAAAGAGAACUGUGUCUAAUGUAAAAGUAAAUAUAAUUUAAUUUAAAAACUGAGAUAAGAAAUAAAAGCCUUAAAUGUUGAGAAAUUAGUCAAUCCAUUGAGAUACAUGUAGCUAAGUAAAAACACACAUGCAACAAAUACCAUAGCUCCAAAAUUUAUGAAGUAUACAUCUAGAGAACUGCAAGAAGAAAAAGGGAUCACAGUCAGGACAAGAACUGAUCAAGUCACUGUUUCUCAUAGUGUCCAUUUCACUUCAACAGGUUUCCCCUUUGGUGCUCAGUUAGUUGUUGCUGAUCAGGGAGAACAUAUGAUAUUUAUCCCUUUGGGACUGACUUAAUUACUCAGCAUAAUGUUUUCUAGAUUCCUCCAUAUUGUUGCAAAUGACCGGAUUUCAUUGUUUUCGACUGCUGUAUAGUAUUCUAUAGAGUACAUGUCCUGACUAUUGAUGUACAAUGUAAUACUCUAUCCAUUUUAGUAUUUUUUUUGUUCUAGUACUAUUGGUUGAACUCUGUAAUUAACACACAAUUAUUCUUAGGUGUUUAAAUUUUAACUGAAAAGUGAUCCCUGUUAAAUUUCAGAGUGGAAAAAGAGAGGGAGGAGAUGUACAAUUUGGGACAUGAUCAAUCGGACUUGCCCCAAAUGGUUGAGUUAGAAACGUGCCAGGGAAUUCCAAUACAAUCCCAUCAAGGUGGCAUGUACCAAUGCCAUCUCACUAGUCCAAGUGAUCAAUUUCAGUUUACAACCGAUGGCUCUGAUAGGUCUAAGAGUCAAAGGGAUCACACAAACAAGACUAGUGUCUGUUAAUACUAACUGAUAGAAUCAAAAUGGGAGAGAACGAUCCAACAUGGGAAGUGAGAUACAUGGCAGACUCACAGAAUGGCAGAUGUUCUAAAUAGCACUCUGGCCUCAGAAUCAGCCCUUAAGGCAUUUGGAUCUGGCUGAAGAGCCCAUGAGAGUAUAUUAGGCAUGGAAAACCAAGACACUCUGGAAACAAAAAAAUAGAAGACCUAACUGAAAGAUCUCUGCGAGUGAGAUCCCAGUGGAAAGAACGGGGCCAUCAAAGAAGGAGGUACCUUUCUCUGAAGGGAGGAGAGAACUUCCACUUUAACUAUGACCCUGUUGGAAUAAGAUCGAAGUCAGUGAACUCAAAAGGUUUCCAUAGCCUUGGCAACUCAUGACUAGAGCCUAGGGAGAUUACUGAUGCCAUAAACAAGAGUGUCAAAUUGUUAAGUCAAUAACAGGAGUCACUGUGUGCAUACUUCUCAUGUGGGAUCUGUCCUUAAUGUGUUGUCCAAUGUGAAGUAAUGCUAUAACUAUUACUGAAACAGUAUUUUACACUUUGUGUUUCUGUGUGGGUGCAAACUGUUGAAAUCUUUACUUAAUAUAUACUAAAUCAAUCUUCUGUAUAUAAAGAUAAUUAAAAAUGAAUCUUGAUGUGAAUGGAAUGGGAGAG